AUGGAACGUACUCGGAGCGAAGGAGCGGGCGACGCCACACGCAAGCGUAAACGUGGAGCACUGCAGGAUAUUAGCAACAAUUCCAACAAGUUGCCACAGGUACGAUCUCCAAAGCGGCGCGGUGUCGGCGUCGUGAAGAAAGAGACAACGGCGAAUGACACCACGUCCAAGCUCAAGACAAAGGCAUUACGAGCAUCUACACGUCACAAAACGAUGGCAGCAACGGUCAAUUCAGCGCUUAAGAGCUCUAUGGGGUCUACGGCUGCAAGCAAAGCGAAGAAACGCACAGUUGUGAGCAAGAAGACAGAGAUAACACGCGCGAAAAAGCGGAAGCUUGAGGGGACGGAGAAUCAAGCCCCACUACAUCAAAAGAUUCAAACGAGUAUGUUGUCGUUUCAAGCAACAUCGUUGAAAGUUACGGAGAAGGCGACGGAACUGGUCAAGAAGGAGAAGGAACUGAGGGUGGAUGCUGACAAGGAGAAUGUUGAGAUACAGGACCAGGAUGUGGACGUGAAAUUCGAGGUGGACAAUUACACUCACACUGACGCUGUGAAGAAAGAAGUGGAAGGUAACAAGAGAGAAACUGAUGAGGUAACAACCGAGAUGGAGCAGCAAAAAGAGACGACGGCAAUUCAGGUACCGCUAAAUUGUGGUACCGAGAUUGCUAGAUAUGCUGCUGCUGUUGCUGAGGGACGCAACCAGUAUGCUCCUUGUCCAUACAAUUUUACAUAUGAUCACAAGACCUCGUGCUUUGACGAGGCCACGUACGCGGCAGCGGUGCGUGAUAUUGACGCUCCAUCUGCAACAACAAGCUCGCAUUACGCGAAGCUUGUGAGAGAGCUGGACGCUUAUUACAAAAAGCACGAAACGAAAUAUUUACCCGAUGCGGACUACAUCGGCACAGUGCAAUUAGACAUUAACGAAAAGAUGCGCACGAUUUUAAUCGAUUGGCUUGUCGAGGUUGGCGAAGAGUACGAGCUCGACUCCCAAACGUUUCACAAGGCGGUCAAUUUGGUGGACCGUUGCCUUAAGAAAAUCAAGAUCAACCGUAAGCAGUUUCAGCUGCUUGGCUGUGCAUGUAUGAUGAUUGCAGCGAAGUUUGAGGAAGUUUACGGGCCAAAUGUAGAGGAAUUUGUUUACAUUUCCGACCAAACGUACACGGCAGAUGAGAUGCUGGAUAUGGAGGCACAAGUGCUUAACGCACUAGAGUACCGCAUUGCAUCGACUACCUGCUACGGUUUCAUGCAUCGUUACAUGGAAGCAGGGUGUACGACGGACAAACAGCGGUCGCUGGUGUUGUACCUUUGUGACCUAGCGCUUUUGUUUUACCAGAUGGUGCAAUUUAAACCUUCAAAGCUGGUGGCCUCUGCUGUAUACCUCGCUCGAUUCACCACGAGUGAGACUGAGGCGUGGACUCCCACGUUACAUCACGUGACCAAGUACAACCCAGUAGAUUUUCAGGACUGUGUCGAGGAGCUUCAUCGUCUCCACACGAUUGAGUCUCAGGUGGUCAACACUCAGCGCGACAAAGCGAAGGCUGUUAGCGAGAAAUACUUGGCAGACAAGUUUGACAAGGCGAAGAGACAUGAUGAAGGAAUGGCUAGUCGUUUGAAGCGCCGCGGUAUUGAUAUUUUGUUGGGAGCGCCAGAUGAAGCAUUACCGGACAAAGACAAAGACAUUCAAGAGCAUCGCGGUCCAAGUGGACAAUCGAAGCCCGUUGACAAUAAUAAGUUUUACGAAGCACUUGGUGUAGCGAAAACAGCUACGGCUGCUGAGAUCAAGAAAGCAUACCGCAAGCUAGCACUUAAGAAUCAUCCAGACAAGGGUGGAGAUCCGGAACUUUUUAAAACGAUUACGGUAGCAUAUGAGGUUCUCUCGGAUCCAGAGAAACGUGAACUCUAUGAUCAAUACGGUGAAGAAGGACUACAAAAUGGUGGAGGGGGAGGUGAUGCCAGUGAUUUGUUUAGUCAGUUUUUCCGUGGUCAAGGUGGACGUAAAUCACGUGGUCCACAAAAGGGAGAGGACCUGACACACCCACUUAAGGUGUCGCUUGAAGACUUGUUUAAUGGCAAAACUGUUAAACUGGCAGUCAAUCGUGACGUACUAUGUAGUCGUUGUGAAGGUCGCGGCGGUGCAGAAGGAGCAGAGAAGACGUGUGAUACGUGCCAGGGACGUGGUAUGCGCGUACAGCUCCGCCACAUUGCUCCAGGUAUGGUGCAACAGAUGCAGAGUGUUUGCCCGGAUUGUCGAGGCCAGGGUAAAAACAUUCGUGAGAGCGACCGUUGCAAGGGUUGUAAGGGUAAAAAGGUGACAAAGGAGCGCAAGGUACUGGAGGUGCACAUUGAAAAGGGUAUGCGUAAUGGUCAGCGGAUUACAUUUGCAGGCGAGGCCGACCAGGCACCUGGCACAGUACCAGGUGACAUCAUAUUUGUUGUACAAGAAAAGGAACAUGCUACCUUUCAGCGGAAGGGUAGCAAUCUUAUCAUGGAAAAAAAGAUCAGUCUGGUGGAAGCUUUAUGUGGCUUUGAAAUGAUUGUGGAGCACCUGGAUGGCCGUCACUUACACAUUAAGACCCGACCUGGUGAGAUUAUUAAGCCGAACCAGUUUAAGUCGGUCCACGGAGAGGGAAUGCCCACGCACGGCAACCCGUUUGUCAAGGGCCAGCUUGUUAUCUUGUUCAAGGUGCAAUUCCCGGAGAGCGGCAGUCUGUCGGAGAAGCAGCUAAGCAUGCUUAAGAAUACGUUGCCUGCCCCUACACCCUUGGCUCCCCUGGCCGAUUCAGAGGAGUGCUUCUUGUCAGAGUUUGAUGCCGAAGCAGCCAAGGCCGAGCAGCAGCAGCGUGAAGCGUAUGACUCGGACGAAGAGCGUGGCGGCCAGCGUGUGCAGUGCCAGCAGCAGUAG